AUGAUGCACCGCAGCCUGAUGCGAUCCGGAACUGUCCUGAGCAAGCGCCCCUCGCUGGCCGUGCGUCACUUUCGCAAAAGCAGUCCCACUAAGUAUACGGAAAACAAGGAGCUCACAGGCAUGGCGGGCAUUUUGGAAGCUGACAAUCAUGCACUUUCGGUCAAGGCAAUGCAUUUAACGAGCUUGGGUCUCAUGGCCGCGGUGCCAGUAGCUUUUGUGCUUAGCCCUUCUCCACUUGCGUUUCCUGUAGAUAUGGCUAUGGGUGUAAUGUUACCUGUGCACGCCCAUAUUGGUAUGAACAAUGUCAUUUCCGACUACGUGCCGCAGAGUAUGCGCACACUUGCCCGCUUAGGCUGGCUCGGUGCGACGUCACUGAUGUUCGUGGGCCUUCUACGCGUUAAUUUGGAGGGUCCUGGCAUUACGGAGGUGGUGAAAACUAUUUGGCGGGAGUCGCCAGAGAAGAAGAAAGUCAAGGCAUAA